AUGCCUACAUAUUGCGCCAUAGCAAGGUACGCUGGCGUAUACUGCGAGUACAAAGAUCGAUGUUACACACCGCUUCAAACCGACGUCGACGGACGCACACUGAAACCGUUCGCUAACGCAAGCAAGUGUUUCAGCGCAUGCAGAAUCGCUGCCGGGUAUACAACCCAAUUGCUGUACGACAUAGUAUAG